AUGACGUCAGCUUGUUACCUGGGAGGUUUAUCCUCAUAUAUAUGUACUCUCUCCGAAUAAGCAGAUAAUUGAUUACACAAUGAUGAUUAUCAAGAUUCAUCAGACAUCUCAAAUCGUGGUCGUCUCCAAGGGCCACCGUUUUGGAGGAAAGCUGGAACCGACUUUGCAGCAUCAGGAAAAGUAGGGGAUUAAAAAUGAAAAAAAAAGAAAAAUUGCGAAAGACGUAAGACGAGUCCUCGAGCGUCGACAAACAAUUCCAGGAAAGAUCAAUUGCAGCCUACGACGAUGUAAAAAAGGAUACUGCGACGAGUGUCGCACGGUCAACGCGACGCAGUUCUGCUCUCUCGCGAUUGAAUCCCUCUCCUUCCUCCUUCGCGCGAAUCCAAGGGGUUAAUAAAUAAGAGUAGCCGGUACGAAUGUCGCGCUUCCAGUCGUCCCGCGGCCUCUCAGUCAGCUGUUGUUCCUCUGGUGACGCGAAAAAAGAAGAAGAAGAAGAAGAAGAAGAGGAGGAACUCGGAGAGUGCGUUAAUAUGCUCGCGGCGAUCAGCUGAGGAUCUGAUUUUUUUUUCGAAAUCGCACGAGAGAGCACAAGCGCUCAUCAUCAUCCACUAGGACGAUGGAGAAGCUAAUUGUACUCUCGUGCCUGUUCUACGUGUGUCUUAUCCGGUUCUGCGAAGGCGCCGGUUCCGCGAAUGCUAAUCGAGGAUACGUCUUCACCGCGCCGAAGAGAUUCCUGGCCGGCGAAACCGAGAGCGGCUGCUUGUCGCUGCACAACCUCGAACCGCCGGCUCAUGUCCUCCUGGAGCUGCUGUCUCCAUCACCGUCAUCAUCGCCAUCGUCGUCGUCGUCUUCGGGUACAAGCGGCGAGGAUGAGGUGCUAGCCAGAACGAGCGGCGUCGUCGAAACAGGACUGGAAACAUGUCUGGAACUGGCGGUACCCUACACGAGAUACUUCAACGGACGAUUGCGAUUGAAGAUAAAAUUCGACAAGUAUCCCGAUUAUGUCGUGGAAACGGAGAAGAAGGUUUACAUCGAGCACGAUUCCAUCAUCUCGUUCGUAGAGACGGACAAGCCGGUCUACAAACCCGGACAAGAUGUAAACAUUAGAAUUCUCAUGCUCAAGCACGAUCUGAAGCCGUGGAAGAAAACGGUACCAAAAGUAUGGAUCGAAAAUCCAUCCGAGGUGCGAGUAGCGCAAUGGACCAACGUCAGCACCGAGAACGGGAUGGCACAAUUAAAGUUUGCUCUCUCUCCGGAACCAAACCCGGGUACCUGGAAAAUUAAAGUAGAAAAGACAAGAUCGCAGCCGCAAUUGAUCCACACGACUGUAUUCGAGGUGAAGAAGUACGUGCUCCCUAGAUUCCAGGUGACCGUGACCUCACCGGGGUACAUCCUCGCAGACGCGGAAAACGUUACGUGGAACAUAUGCGCGAAAUACAGUUAUGGCAAACCGGUGAAGGGUAGACCUUUAAAAGCGACGCCUGAAAUACCUAUGUGGAGACGAAAACCCAAUCUCCCAGAAAUACAUUAUGAAACAGAGCUGGACUCGCCGGACAGUUGCACUGAAUUUGUACUAUCGGGCGCGGUCCUCGGGCUGGCUCAAUGGAAAGUGGCGCCGAAUAACAUCAUUCUCAUAGCCAACUUUACCGAGACUGGUACCGGGAUAGUGGAGACGACGAUCAGUCGGACCGUGGUUGUGCACCAGGCCUUGAAGCUGGAAUUUCUGCCGUACACUCCCAAGUUCUUCACGUUGGGUUUACCAUAUCAUGGAAAGUUACGGGUCUCGCGGCAUGACAACACCCCAGCACCACAUGAGAAGAUUCAGCUCUGCGUGCGAGUGCGCGGUGAGGACGACUGGCUCCGCGUCGUAGUCGAAUGCCGCAACUUCACGUCCUCGUCCGACGGCUUCGUCGACUUCGUCGUGCCGCCCCCGCACAGAAACAUCGUCUUGCUGAAUUUUGUCGCGACCGGUGUCGACUAUCCCACGAAAUACUAUUCGCCGGACACGCGUUGGCGAGUCUUCAUGGAUCAACCAUCAGCACAUAUCGUCGUGAAUCCUUGGUACUCGCCGUCGGAAAGCUACCUGGCGGUGGCCCGAGGCUAUCAACCGAUCAUCUGCGGCGAGAAGUAUUCGUUCAACGUUAUGUAUACCGUGCCGGCGAAAAGUAAAGCCAACGAGUCCAUAUCUUUCCACUACUCGAUCAAUUCCAAAGGCGACUUAUUGAUAUACGGCCACGUGAAACAUCGGCCGACCAGAGACACGGUCCUGAAUUACUCGGAAUUCCGGAACUUAUUCGGCGCUGUCGAGACACCGGGAAAUAAGACCAAUCAGGGCACCAUCGUUCACAGAUUCCCUCUCAGCGUCAAGAUCACCCCAUCCAUGGCGCCUGUCUCUGAACUGUUGCUCUACUACGUUCGUCCGGACGGCGAGAUUGUCGCUACGACAUACUCCAUUAAGGUGGGACACUGCUUCGAAAAUAAGGUGAAAUCUGCCUGGCACACUGACGCUCAAACCCCAGGAACGGACACCCAGUAUCACGUGGAGGCUGCCCCCUGGUCUCUCUGCGCUAUCUCGGCGGUUGACAAGUCAACUCGCUUCUUAGCAGGAUCCAAAUCGAACUUGAUCGACUCUGAUCAGAUCUUCGAGCAGCUGAAGAGAUUCUACAUCGAGCCAGAACUGCGUCCUAUCUGGCAGUGGACUCAAUGCAAAGUGACAACGCAACAAGAGACGAAUACCGAGGAAGUCGAUCAUCUACCGAUGCCUGCUCUGGAACCCCGAUGGGAUUUUCUCUCCCCUCCCGUGUGGCGUAGAAAGAAGAGGAAUACAAUGAUAUCGUACAGCGGACUCACGAAUUAUGUAGACGCUACACAAGCGUUUGACGAUUUCGGAGCUAUCGUGAUGAGCGACCUAAUACUCGAGACACGGCCUUGUCCUCAACUUGACAGGGAUAGAUUCAGAACUUCCGGGCCAUUCACCAACGUUUUCCGAUCAGCCUCGGUUCUGGAAUCGGAAACCGGAAUGUUUAAAGUGGCCGCGAAGACUUUACCCAUGGCGUAUCCAUUAUUAAACGUAGGCCCCGAACAGGCAUAUGUGGAUCAAGUACCCGAUCAGCCUGCGACUCUUAGAUCUUACUUUCCCGAAACGUGGCUGUGGGAUUUGGUGCACACUGAAAAAGAGGGCAAAGCGACUCUGACCCGUACUCUGCCUCACACCAUCACCGAUUGGGUCGGGUACACUACGUGUAUCUCAUCAACACACGGCCUCGGGAUAGCACCGCCGACUACCAUCACGGGAUUUCAACCGUUCUUCCUCGAUUACAGCUUACCCUACAGCGUGAAACGUGGAGAAAUGCUGCACAUGAAAGUGUCCUUGUUUAAUUACAUGCAACACAGUUUACCGGUGAAGAUCAAGUUGGAAGACGCAACCGGACUCGAUUUACAUCUGUCGCACGCGGUUGCUUCUUUCUGCGUGAAACCGAGAGACAGCGUGGUGCACGAAUAUAUUCUCAGACCGCGAGUUCUCGGCGACGUUAACAUCACGGUUUCUGCUUCCGUGGACUCGGAUUACGCCGAACCGUGUGGUCCGGAAGUACUUCUGUAUACACGAGACGUGAUUGUAAAGCCAAUUCUCGUGUUACCGGAAGGCUUCCCCGUCGAGACAACCAAAUCAGCAUUCAUCUGUCCGAAAGAUUUCAGUGACGACUCCACCAUCACUUGGAAUCUCGAUUUACCCGAUGAUUUGGUGCCCGAAAGCGCAAGAGGAUACGUGUCUAUAAUAGGAGAUAUCUUGGGUCCAGCCCUCGAGAAUCUGGAUAAUCUUGUUCGUUUGCCGAUGGGCUGCGGUGAGCAAAAUAUGAUCCUCUUCGUUCCCAACAUUCAUGUGAUCGGCUACCUGGAUGCAACCGGGGUCGAGAAUCCAGAGCUGAGAGCGAAGGCGAUUAGGAAUAUGGAGAAAGGGUAUCAGCGCGAGUUGAUAUACAGACACCCGGAUGGUUCCUACUCGGCGUUCGGUCCAAGACCAGAUCGUUCCUCGGAGGACGGUAGUUCGAUUUGGCUCACCGCGUUCGUGAUAAAGUCCUUCGCUCAGGCAAAGAGUAUAAUUCACAUCGACGAACGAGAUCUAAAAAUUUCCGUAAAGUGGAUGCUGAAAAAGCAAUUGGAGAACGGGUGCUUCCCCGUCAUCGGCCGAGUAUUCCACAAGGAUAUGAAGGGCGGUUUGCAAGACGACGACAGUUCUUCCUCGAUCUUGACGGCGUACAUCCUGAUCUCUCUCUUGGAAUCCGGCGUACCUUUAACAGACACGCUCGUCAACAACGCGCUACACUGUAUAGAGAAAGGGACGGAGAACGGCAGCGGGACGUUGUAUAUGGCAGCUUUGUCCACAUACGCUUUGACGUUGUUGGAACAUCCGAAAGCGAACAGCAGCAUGAAGUUGCUGAUGGAACGAGCGACCCGGAACAAUGAUCUCCUUUGGUGGGAGGACAAACCCUCAUUAGGAUUGAGCAUCGAAAUGACGGCGUACGCCGUGCUAUCGUUGGUGAAGUUAGGCGGCGAGACGAACAUGGUCGAGGCGCUGAAGGCGGUUCGCUGGAUGUCGAAGCAACGAAACGCGGAGGGUGGUUUCACGUCCACGCAGGACACUGUUCUCGGUCUAGAGGCGCUCACCAAGUACGCCGCCGCGAUGUCGAACAACAACACCGAUCUCUCGAUGCUGGUGACCGCCAACGAAGUGGACCAGCUGUACAGAAUGCAUAACGACAAUCGUAUGGUCCUCACCCAAAUUCGGCUGCCCGUCAUACCCACGAUAGUCGAGAUCUUCGCUGAGGGCGAAGGCUGCGUCUUAGUACAGAGCAAUUUAAAGUACAACGUUGGGAGUGCGACCGGUUCUGAAGCCUUCGAUCUCUCGGUCAGUGCAGCUUCCGCGACGUGGGUGGACGAAUGCUCGAUGCAGAAGAUUACCAUCUGCACGCGAUACAAAAUGGCAGAUGGGGAAAGUAACAUGGCAGUAUUGGAGAUCGGUAUGAUAAGCGGAUACGUCCCGGAUCGCACGAGUCUUCAUUCUCUCUUAGAGGAUCCAGCCACAAAGGUGAAGCGUUUUGAGGAGGAUCGCGAUAUCGUCACCAUUUAUUUCGACAAGCUGAUUAAUCAGAAGACCUGUAUAACGUUUAUGGUGACCAGGGAAAAUGUUGUCGACCGACUCGAGCCGGCAAAUGUGAAACUUUACGAUUACUACCAACAGGAAUUAACGAUAUCUAGCAAUUACAGCUUCGCGCAAACCUGCAGCAGUGCCAUUCCUAGCGAAGAAGUGGAGGUUCCCAAUCCGAUACCAGUGGAGGUGGAGCAUCUGGAUAAGGAUAUCGCCAAGAAAAAGGACGAGACGAUCGAGAAAGCAGCCGAAAUGCCGGACGUUCAAAACGGAACUGAGCAGAUAGUGCCGCGAGGGGAAAUUGGAAGCGGUCAAACGCCAGAUGACCCGGAUAUCAAUCUGAAUCCUGUGUUCGACAGACUCGGGCCGCCUGAUGUAGAUCUCGAGAACAUGGAGUCCAUCAACGGACAGAACCAAGACCCGCUUGGAAACCCGCUCUUCGUUGUGGUCGACCACGAAUUGGAGACUCCUGACGGUAUCGAAGGACCCGUGCCGGUUUCCGUGAAACCCGAUUUCGCGAAUUUCGACGACAACCCGCUGUCGAAUGUAACUAAUCAAUAUGCCGAGAAAAUAGAGGAAUCGACCGAAGUGUUGGACGAGUUGCCAAAUUUUAUGAAACUUAAUACGAGCAAUAUAAAUGACUGCCCCAUAUGCGCCGAUGAAUUGCCAUCGAACAUCACCGAGAUCUACUGCUCGUCUAAAACCGUCGUGAAAGGGGCGAUUAGACGAUUACGAAAAGUGAGACUUCUGUUAAACAUCCCACCCUUCGAGAAAGAGGCCAAACGCUUGCGUGCGACACUCCUGUUUCUCGUGAGCCCCAAUUGUUCCUGUUCGCCUUUACAUAAUCCCGGAAGUUUAGCACUGCUGAUGAGUCCCAACGUCGGAGACUUCAUUGAUCCGAUGUAUUCGUAUGUUUACGAGAAACGCGCGAUCGUUGCACAUAAGAGGAUUUCGAUAUAUGGAUUACCACCAAACAGUGGCAUCCCGAAGGAGUUGAUACACGCUCGAGAGAUGUGCGGUGCUCAAAACGAUACUAUGUCUCUUGAUCCUCCUACAGCUGACUGAUUUUGACAAGAAUCUAAUUUUUGCGUGCUAACAAAAGUUCAAAUUCAUAAUUUAAUCGUUUCGAGAUAAUGUAUAAAAAGAAUCGAAAAUGCACGCAUAUUUGUAUUAAAAUUCAAAUUUUUUGCGAAACAACUUGAAUUGACAAAACAAUUUUUCAUUACAAAUAAUUUCGGGACACCUUGUAUAUAAUUCAGAGGCAGUUUUUUUUACACAGGGAUGCUAUUCUGUACGCGAUUAUCGAACAAAUAGCCAUGUACAGAAUAGCGGAACCCUCUACAAACAUCUCUACAUUACAAACUUUAUGUUAAGAUACGGAAUAUAUGAUAAGUUAAUUGUAAGAGUAUCUGAUAAAGUAAAGCGUUUUUAUACAGCCAAUUUUUACAAUGAAAGUCAUUAAUAUAAUUCAUAAUUAUGAAUAAUUAAUGAGAUAAAUCAAUUGUAAAUAAAAUACAGCGAUUAAAUGACAUAAUAAUUGGGUAAUUUAUUAUAUUUGUAAAAAUAACUUGCGUGCUUCUCUACUUUUUUGAUUUCAACAUUUCAAGAUAAAAAAAUAAAGAAAUAAACAUAUACAUAAGAGAGAUGAGAGCAUCUUGAGUUUCGGGCGAAUGUGUUGCAUCUUUAUUUAUUUUUGAUUGUGUUAUAAUUAAAUUAUUGAAAAUUAAUAAUCAUCUCGAGUCGAGUUUUCGCUACAUUAAAUAGUGUUUCAUUACAGUGUGUGUUUAUAAUUUUUUUAUUUAAUACGAGACUAAUCUGUGAUGAUAUAUUAUCAAUUUGACAUUCGAAUUUUCGCAAAAAGGACGAAUGUUAUAUUAAAUGUCAAAUGAAUAAAUUUUCUCUGGAAGUAUUAUUAUUUA